AAUUUCAAAAGCGGUUUCUGCAUCGUCAUGCACGAAAUGACUGGAAAAUUAUUUCAUCAUAACAAAAUAAUGAGAAUGGAAAGCAGAUACUGGCCAUUAAUUGUUUUUAUUCGCAAAGGCAAGGAUUUAAAGCAAUGGAAUAGGCACAUGAAUCAGGAAGUAUGAGGAACAAGAGAGCAACGCUUAAAAGCGCAAGACUUGCCCCAAGUAGGGCGCUAACUGGAAGAGUAGGAAGCACUUCAAACAACUCUACAUUUUCGUCAGGCGGACUGUUUAGUCACCGAAAAAAUGUCAUCAUCACCUACUCCAAGAGCAAACCCGUUCAGAUCAAAAGCAAGGGGCAGCAUUUUCUCACACCAGACACACCUCAGCUGUUAACAAGUGAAGAGCCAAAGACAAGCGGAAAGAAAAGCUCUGUUGAGCCAGAAAAAUUGAAUUUGAAGUCCAAUGCGGAUAGUCUUCAAAAAUCAGUUCUGCUACACCAUGAGGGCACUUACAAUAUCACCACUAGUCCAGCAAGUUUUGAAAGCACAAAGAAUCCUCCAACACCUCAGCUGGUGUUAAGAAACAUUAGCAACAUUCCUAUUGACAAGACUGUCGGAAGGGUGUGUACACCAGGGCGUGAUUCAACAGAAAGGCGUUUGAUACCUUCCUCUCAUGAUCCCGCUAAUUCAAAUUCGAGAAAACGCCCCAAACGCCAUGGGAAGAAAACAAAAACAGCAAAAACUAUCGUAAGGAAACCUUCUCAUGACAUGACCAAAAAGACUAAAAUGGUGAUAUCUGAGGAUUUGACAUCAUACAGCCCUAAGACAAUGUCACUGUGUACUAUAAGAGGAUCACGCUACCCAUCAUACAAUAAAGAUAGUCACAUGUUGUCUGCAAAGUCAAUGAGCCUUGAAGGAACCAGAGAUCGUUUUGGUUCUGGGAUGACUUACCCUAGCGUUGACAAGAAGGAUGAAGACGCGGUAGAGAGUCUGAGUGAUGACACUAUUGUGCCUUCCACUACAAGUACUACGAGGGGAGAAAAUACAAGCAGGGAAUCGAUGAAAGGGAGAACAACGAGUGUUAUCUUAAAGGUUGACGAGAUGGCAGUAAACACCUUAGAGGAUGCCGCACCCACGCCUAGUGUAAGCAAUGGCGAACCAGUGCCAAGGUCCAACAAUGAGAAAGAGCUAAUGGAUAGGAGAGGUGCUAGUGUUUUCGCAAGAGCAGACAAUAAAAUCCCAGAGGAAAAAGGUGAUACUACCCUUUUGUCGUCUUUAAGUAGUGGUAGGAUAGAAGAAGCCGACGAAGGUAGUGUCGAGAAAGUCAAUCGCUCCGCAGAUGUUAGCGAGGAAGUGGUAACCCAACAGAGAAUAGUGGGUGCUAAAUUGUUACCUUCGUCGAUUAGCUUCAAGGAAAUGAAUAUAGGAACAGAUGAGCAUGGGAUCGGAGAAAAACCGCGAGUCGCAAAAAAGAAAAAGAAGCGUGCUGCUAUUGUGUACAAAGUGAAGUCGCAGAUUAAAGCGAAACGGGAAACAUCGGCAUCCAGUUCUGAGCAGGAUGUCCGUUCUUCUAGUGGAGCUUGUUUGGAAGCAUCUUUGCAGGAUAUGGAAGGUGGGGAUAGCCUGAGAAGAGAGAGAAAUCGUGUGGCAAAAGGGAAAAUGUUAAACAAUAGAAAAAGCAUGACCGGUCUUGUUUCAAAGAGUGUCAGUUUAAAUGCUAGCGCACUAUCUACAAAGAUGAAAAUAAACGGAGAACAUUCUGGCAUAAUAAGAUCGCGUGAUGACUGUACAACAGGGACCAGAUCAGACUCACAGUUGAAAAACAGAGGAGAAAAUAAUAUAAAAAACAAAUCAUCAGAUGUUAGUUCUACUAACGAUGCACCUUCGCGUAUAAAAAAGGCGAAAACAAAGACAAAGCAAAGAGGUAAAAGAUAUAUUAAAGUUACAGAGGAAGUAGAGGAUAUGAUUCAUAGAGUUUCGAACUCAGAUAACGAUGACAGACAAAUAUGUCGCUCAUCCCAAUGUGCUGCUUUGGUCCAAGGAGAACCUCCUUAUUCGGUCAAGCAAUGUUAUCUAAAGGAUAACAAGACCAUCAUCAUGAAAAGCGGGAAUUCAGACUGCACUGCAAAACAGAACGAUUCAAGCCAUGAUAACGAUAAAGAAGACAACGAGGCAACCAAACACAACAAAGCCAAAGUGGACGGCAUAGACCCUUCUCCACCAAAAAAUUCCACCUUUAAUGAGGACGAAGGGGUAGCGUUGAAAGACGUUUUUCCGAGUGACAUUUCAGCCAUCAGGGAAGAGUCUGUUGAGCUUGCUCAAACAGGAAACAAUGGCUCACUAUGUGGUCAAGUAGUUCCUUCGCCUUAUCAAAAGCAAGGCGGUAAAUCCGCCGAGCAGGGAGAAGGUUCGUCACCAAAAACUGGAAAAAAGAGUUACAAGCCAGUAGAUCCGCGCCCUUCAGCAAUUAGCCUGGAGACGUCUGGAGGCAGUGAGAGGUCGUGGACCGAGAACAUUAAGACGAGUACCCCCGUAGACGGCAAGGUGCCUGCUGCCCUGGGGGACGCGUUUAAGCUAUCUCCGAUAUUACCUGAGAUCCAGCCGAAUCAACCACCCGGAAACGGUAUGCGAGUGAACCCCCCUGCACGUCCUAAAAAGGCGCUACAGGAGAGCACGUGCUUAGAGAAUGUAACUGAGGAUGAAGCCAUCCCUGAUGACAUCACACCGGAUAUUCCCAUACCAAAUAAGCAGCGAUGCUCAUCCAGCAAGCGUCGACUGCAGUAUGCAUCUCCAACAUCCGACACUACACCUGACUGCUUCCUGUUGUCGAUCACUGGCGCCAAGAGGAAACCAGCUAGGGUUUGGAUGAGAAAAGGCUCACACAAACAGGGAGAUAUCAUGGGAGAUGUACCACAAGACAUCAUAGCAACCCUCUGAACACACAGUAACCUUUCGUGCCACAAAGCAAAGACACUAAAUGUUUUGCUAUCACGCCUGGAGUCUUACGUCGAGAAGUUUGCACCUGGGAGAAAUCAACUAAGAUCGGCGUUAGGAGAGACUGGAACAAGAAGAACGAAAUCAUAAAAAGAGGUGCUACAAGAUACACAGUAUCACGGCUUGCCUUAUAAACGUGGAAAUAGUUUUUUUUUGUGCACACGGUCAUAAAUAGAAUCUGAUUAAAAAAAUCCAUUACAUUACAGAUAGUAUAUACCUAUUUCAAUAAAGCUGGUCAGUGCAAAUGGUAGUUCUACGACCGAAGUAAACAUGCGUCUCAAAGAAUAUGGAUACAUUAAAACAAUUAUGCAUUAAAGGUUACCAAUGAAAA